AUCUUUACAGUCUGAAUGUUUAAUGGUACAGAAGAGAUAAAGAGGCUGAAGGCUGAGCUGGAGCGAGUGAGUGGGGAGGCAGACAAACGUACAGGGCAAGAGACUUCAACCAUGCGUAGGCAGUACGACUUGGAGUUGACCGCUUUGAGAGACCAGCUACGAGUCUCUCAACAGGAGCGCGACAGGAAGUAUGCAGAGGUUAGCCAACUACAGAGGGAAUGUGAGCGACUGCAGGCUCUGGUAGACCAGUGCAGACUGCCAGCAGGUACAGACAGUUACCGGCGUGACCAACGGUUUGAGCAGGCUUACCAGGAGUUACAGCGGAUGGAUACAGACUGCCAGCAGCUGCAGAAGGAGAAUCAUUCAUUGCGUGACAGCCUCAUCAGACUGGAGGAGAGGUGUAAGAGAAACAGCAAGGAAAAACUUAAACUGAAGCGGGUGAUGGCAAAAUUGGAGCAGCAGAACCAGUGUGUACCAACAUGAAUUGGCUAUCACGUCGCAGAGAGCAGAGUUGCUCGCUAGUGAACUGGACCAUACGAAACCUGGAGCUAGCUCAGCUGCAGAGUGAGACGAUUUUACACAGAGACAAUGCAGCUAAUGUGCAAGCUAGAGUCAGUGUGGCCAACACGCUAAAACUGUAUAAACAACUCGAUGAGUCUUAUGGUCACAUGAAUGACAAGUGGAAAAAUGAAAUGAAGGCCUUUACAGACAAGUUUUGAAGCAAAAAUAAAAGAAGAUAAAAUCUCAAACAAAGAAUGUGGUUCAAAAAGAAGAUGAAGUUAAAAUUGGUGAUUUUAAAUCAAAAAAAAGAUAGUUUACCAAACUGUAAGAACAAAAGAUGGGAAAUUUGGUUACGAUAUUUGAUAAUAAAGCUGUUUCUCAUUCACAACAUGCACUGCCAUUGAUGAACUAAGAAAAAAUUUACCAAAGAAUCCAAGUGGUGUAUUAUUGUUUUAUUACAUUUUUGUAUGAAAGUACUGUUUCUGAUUAAAAAAAAGUAAGAACUAUCA